AUGUCCGACGUUAACUCAUCUGUAACCUCCGCUCUAAAGGCCAUCCUAAGCGAGUCCGAAAAUGUUGAUUCUCACCUAUCCACCGCCCUCAUGUCUCUCGGUUCGGCCAUUAACCAAUUGAACACCAAGCAGGAAAAGGUGGAAAAGGAAUUAGAGUUGGUCCGAAGAAUGACGAGGACCAACUGGUUAAUGGUCAUAAACAUGCCGAUACCAUUCGGCUUGUCUAAAGGUCAAGCGCUUCAGAACCUACUAUCAGAUCUGGAUUACAAGAAGCCCUUGUUUGAUAGCGAACGUGACCUGUUAGCAAGCGACAUUUUAUAUGUCAACCGUAACGGGUUGAUAUGUAAUAUGGCUUUCUUUGUCGCCCAAAGGCACUACGAGUUUAUGAUGGGUGCUAAUUUCCAAAAGAAGAUUGUACUCCACAACCAGAAGCUCCCCAAAGAAAGGUGGAUUUCCAUUGGCCGCGUUCUCACACCUAACGAAAGAAAUGAUUACGACAUGGCGUGUGCCUUGAAAAGGCUCAUAAUUGCUGAAAUGAAUCAACGCAGAAAGGCGGAUCCUAAAUAUCCCGUCAUGUUCGUUUUAGUUUGUAAACGGACAUUGAGACUAAGGAUUGAAAAACAGUAUUUCACCUUGGAGGAGGCUGCUGCACGUUACUCCAUACCAGUGGAAGCAAUAGUGGAGGAAAGGAAUCGUAAUGGAAAUGCUCAUUCUUCCGAAGUGCGUAGUACCGGAAAACGUCCUGCUUCUACUGACAAUUCCGCUGAGGGGCCCUCAGCAAAAACCGCCAAGCACUAA